AUGGAAAAUAAAUACAAAAAGUAAGUAAUUCAUUCAUUUUCGGAUCAAAACAAAAAGAAGGGUGGCAAAAAGAAUGAUUAAUAUUGUUUUGGAUAACUAAAGUAAAUUAACUAGUUUAUAUUAAGGAUUAGGUUAAUUAAAUCAAAAUUUGAAUUGUACAAAAUAAAUAGGAAAUAUUUCACUCAAAACAUAUUUUGGUAAUCCAGAAUUGAAAUAUUUUGUAUUCAAUUCGAUUUUUAGGAUCAACUAAUAGCAGCAGGUAUUAGAAUUUUUAUAUUCAGGUUGCUCCGAUGGGACAGUGAAAUUAUUUAAUAUAACCACAAGGAAAUUAACGUUUAAUUUAUAAGGAUUAUCAGAAGGAUCAACCUCAACAACUAGUAUUAGAUGGAGGAAAGAUUGGGCAAAUAAAGUUAAAGUGUCGUUAUAAAUGUGAAUUCUGAUGGAUCAAUAAUGUUUUGGCAUGCUUAGAAAGGAAAAUAAUUGCAUAGACUAGUAUAAAAGAAUAAUUCAAUAUUAUGUAUGGAUUUAAGAUUAGAUGGCGAAGUAUUUGCUACUUCUGGUAAAGAUUGUAAAAUCCGAAUUUAUGAAGGGGAAAAAAGGAAUUAAUUCAUACAUUUGCUUCAGCCGAUUAGUAAAAAUAAUUAAAUUGGUCAUUUGAACCAAGUGUUUGCUUUGAAGUUUUUAGAGGAAUUUCCAACUAUUCUUCUUUCUUGUGGUUGGGAUGGUAAUCUCGUGAUUUGGGAUCUUAGGGACAAAAGAAUUGUUGGAUCUAUAUAAGGUCCACAUGUACAAGUCAAUAUGGCUCUUACAGAACAAAUAAUUAAUUACAACUCUGGGAUUUUGGUAAAAGAUCAUUAAUAACAAAUAUCAAAUGGGAUAAUGCAGAUUCUGAAAACUCUUACACAUACUCUUGUUAAUUUAGUAAGAUAAACGGAGAUACCAUAUUGGCAGGUAGUUGUGGGAGGCAAGAAGUAAAGUUGUUUGACUUAAAUGAUAAUUAUGAAGUUUGAGGAUGGAUUCGAGAGUAAUAAGAAGGGAUAUAUUGUGUUGAUUAUGGAAACAAAUCAAACAAAUUUGCAUUUGGAGGUGGCGAAGGAGUAGUCAAAUUUGUUAAUUGAAUACAUAUAAAUGAUUAUGGACCCGUAAAACCUAAUAGAUAAUUUAAAUGAAGUGCUUCUAGGAGAUUAUUUCACCUACAUUGAUACUUUGGGCAAGGGAAGCUUUGGUAUUGUCGUUGCAGCCUAUAGUUCAUCAUUGGAUAAAGUAGUAGCCAUUAAAGUAUACCCUAAAUUAAUAUAGAUAACCUAAUACUUUGAACAAGAAAAUGAGUCAUCCUUACUACAAGAGUGCCCUCAUCCAAAUAUAGUUAAAUUAUAUAAAGUCUUGAUUGCACAUAAUCGAGUCUAUUUAAUCAUGGAAAAAUUGGUAGGAACUACAUUAGAUGUAUUAAUGAAAAGUUAAGUUCUUCCAGAAACCUUAACAAGAAACAUUAUGUUGUAAAUCUUGAAUGCACUUGUAUUUCUCCACAGGAAAGGAAUCAUCCAUAGAGAUCUUAAGCCAGAAAACAUAUUCAUAUGUGAUAACAAUUAUGUAAAAUUAAUCGAUCUUGGAUUGGGUUACUAGAUGUUGUCAAGAGGGUUUAUCGGUUAAUAGGUUGGUACUCCUUAUUACAUUGCUCCAGAAAUCAUUAAUUAGUAAGAAUAGUCUUAAUUAGUCGAUAUCUUUUCUUUGGGAAUUAUAUUCCAUCAAAUGAUCAACAAUUGUCAACAUCCACUAUGGCAGUAAGGAUACACCAAGAAAGACUAUUAUAAGGUCAUUUCAUCAGAGUUCCUAAUUUAAUACCCUCCUCAAAUGUCUAAGAUGGCUAAAGAUUUUGUGGAAAACACCGUAACAUUCCAAUCAAUCAAUAGGAUGACAGCUUAACAAUGUCUAGAACAUCCUUGGGUCUUAGGGGAAUAAAUAAAGUCUCACCCAAUUACUAAUAGAGAAAUUAAAUUAAGAUAUUAAUUUACUAAAAAUUUCAAUAUAAUUGUUAAAGCUUUAUGGAUUCUUAAAAUUUUUAAAGAGUAAUGUUCUGAAGAAAUCUUCUAUAUGAAAACUCAAGCAUCAGAUGAAAUUAAUGAGGUUGAAGAUGAAUUACAAGAUCCAUUAUCAAGUAGAGUUCAAACUGAAAAGUUAAUUACAACCGGGAAUGGCAGACAAUAUCGUCUGCAUCGUAAUACUACAAAGGUUGAAAGGAAACCUUCAAUUAAGUUAAUCAAAACUUCAUCCCAUUAAGAUUUAACAUAACUAAAAUAUAAAUUUUAAACUUCUAAAAAGUCAUUUAUUAGAUAAUGGACACCUUAAGCAUAGAUUGAGUGA